UUUUCCGCCACUUAUAUCCAUCAGAUGUCUCUAGUAAUUAAGCCGGCAACUUCUCAACUUGUAGGUUAACAUUUAAAAAACAAUUUGUCUGUAAAGUCUGUAACAAUAAAAAAAAUUAAUAAUAAUGAACAAAGUAUUGUCAUCGCCAAUAAAGCAAGUUAGUAAUAAAAUAAAUGCCGGUGAAAUUCAACCCACUGAAUUAUGUAAGUCAGCAUUGAAAUUAAUAUCCUUAACAAGGCCGCUGAACGCUUACAUAAAUGUCUGUGAGGAUCUGGCCCAGAAGCAAGCUAGUGAAUCUGACAAAAGACAGCAGGACAACAAAUUAUUGGGUUCCUUGGACGGGAUCCCCGUUGCAAUAAAAGACAAUUUUUGCGUAGAAAACUAUCCGACGACUUGCGCGUCAUUCAUGCUGGCUAACUUCGUUCCCGGAUACAGCGCAACAGUUUACAACAACUUGAAAAAACAUGGAGCAGUACUGCUGGGUAAAACUAACUUAGACCAAUUUGCUAUGGGUGCUGGAACCGUCGACUCCUAUUACGGUCCAACACAAAAUCUUUGGGGCUCAAACUUGAUGGAAAAUUUCGUUUCUGAUAGUAUUGACAGUAUUCCUGUUGUUAAAAAAGCUGAUAAAAAUCAUUGGAACAUUGCAGGUGGAAGUAGCGGAGGAUCAGCUGUAGCAGUAGCUACUGGUACAUGUUUCGCCGGAAUAGGAUCAGACACUGGCGGAUCAACGCGAAAUCCAGCAGCCUACUGUGGGUUAAUAGGUUUAAAACCUAGUUAUGGAUUAGUGUCUCGUCAUGGAUUAAUUCCUCUUGUAAAUUCAAUGGACGUUCCCGGCAUAUUAACCCGUAAUGUUGAUGAUUGUUUGUUAAUUUUGAAUGCGAUUGCAGGAACGGAUCAGCUUGAUUCUACCACUCUAGAUCAAAGUCUUACGCCGAUAGAAAUAUCCAGUACUGAUAUCAAUGUGAGAGGAUUACGCGUCGGAAUACCUAAUGAAUAUAAUCACGCGGAAUUGAAUCAAGAGGUACACAAUACCUGGAUGGGAGUUUCUAAUUUAUUGAAGGAAGCUGGAGCUGAAGUGGUGCCUGUGUCGCUUCCACAUACUGAAUAUUCGAUCGUAUGUUACUCUGUGCUAAAUCAAUGUGAAGUUGCGAGCAACAUGGCGCGCUACGACGGCAUUGAGUACGGACUGCGUGCUGAUGAAUCUAUGUCUACUGAGCGGUUGUACGCAAAGACGCGUAGCCUCGGAUUCAAUAAUGUCGUACGCAGCAGAAUAUUAACUGGUAAUUAUUUUUUACUGUCUGAAAAUUAUGAUGAUUACUUCGUGAAAGCAAUGAAAGCCCGUCGACUGAUAGCCCAAGACUUUGACGCCGUUUGGAAUGAUAAUAUCGAUAUUCUUCUGACUCCUACUACGCUGUCUGACGCUCCGAUUUACAAGGACUUUAUCAGCCAAGAUAAUCAGACUCAAUGCUCGGUACAAGAUUACUGCACACAGCCAGCGAAUAUGGCGGGUAUCCCUGCGAUAAAUGUACCAAUUAGCUUGUCGAAUAAAGGCUUACCGCUGUCAUUGCAGUUGAUGGCGCCGUUUCUCCAUGAACAGAGAUUACUCACUGUUGCCAAGUGGCUCGAAGAUGCUGUUAAGUUUCCUAGGAUUUAUUUAAAAGAAUCAUGUUUAUAAAAAUUAUUUUUUAUUUGUACAUAAAUU